UUACUUGCAUGGUCAGCACCGUGCAUGUGUUUGGUGGUGUGCCACUUGCUUGUACAAAGGACGGAUAACCAGUAGCGGUCUAUAGUUCACUGCGUUCAGCUGUUGAUCAAACACCGAUGUCGAAGAGUGUGACUCUGACACAACGACUAUAGGUAGAGUGUGUUCGAACGGCUCAUCGAACGGACGUAGUGUGUAGAUCGCGCGUGAUCGCGGGUGUUCAGCAUAGUGUGCGUAGGUGUCGCUAUUUGCUAGCAAAUCUUGAAUUUGGACGGUACGCGAGCUAGAGUAUUACGAAAAACUACAAGAACAUUUAAGGGGCUUCUUGUUUGCAGUGAUGACGUGUCCGGCAUGUAAAACGUAGACAAAAAUACAGAACGAUUUUCCGCUUACUUGUGGAUGAUUUUUACGCAGCUGUGUUGAUGAAUUUAUUUUAUUUUGUGGAUAGUAAGAACUGUGCGGAACAAAGAAUUUAGAUGCGACAAAAGGUGUUUAAAAGCGCAUAGGUGACAUAAUGAUGCGGCUUCUAACGAUCGCUGGUCAAUAACUUGGCGCUCAAUAUUUUCAUUUGUAAAUUAUCUGGGUGCAAAGAAAACCACUGGACUGUUGUCUGAAGUUGAAAACACGAUAACAAUAAAAACAGAACAAAAAGUUUAAACAGUUUUAAAUUUUGAUGAUGUUUCGCUCGCACGUAUAGCAUCUUAAUGCCACAAUUGAAAAAAUCAACAAAAACUGACUUUGUUUUGUUUAUGCUGUUAAGCGAGGUUGUGCAUUGCAUUUUAGCGCCUUUUACACUUACACUAGGUUCAUAAAAGGGCCAAUGUGUAUGUGUGCGUUGGCUCCAUUUGCUCAUCACUAACGUUUAGCAGUGCGAUAAGAGACUUUAUCUUAUCAUAUAACACCUUUUCCAUGGUUUGAGAGGUUCCAAAAAUCAUACAAACUAGUACUGAUAUAAAUUUCGACUGCUGGGACUGCUGUGUGAAGAGUGACUUUGAACCCGUGUUCAUAAACAAUUUAUGCGAUGGGAUUGUGCUGUGGUGGUACAGAUCGUGUGACAAAACAUUCUAAAGAAGAUAUUCAACAGCCUACGGAAAGCGAGCCACUUAAAUAUGAUCCUGACUUCAAAGGACCUUUAUCGAAACGAUCGUGUACAGAUCUUCCAUGUUUGUUUUUAUUUGUCACUUUUCUGUGUGCUUGGGGUUACGUAGCAUACUAUGCUGUUCAGCAUGGUGACUUAAAUCGACUGCUCGUGCCGAUUGAUUCCGAUGGUCGGAAAUGUGGUGUCGAUAGCGAAGUGCAUGAUGAACCAUAUCUAAUGUUCUUUAACAUUACGGAAUGUGCCAAAAUUGAUGUACCGAUAUCCGGCUGUAGCACUACACAGGUGUGUGUUAAGCAAUGUCCAACUGAAGAUUUUGAUUUCGAAACCGCUAAUUGCAAUCCUUCCAAUCUUAACGAGAUUCGCACAAAAUUGAUAUGCAAGCAAACCGUGAAAAAGACUGAUCUAAAAACAUGUCAAAUUAUUGGAGAAUACAUAAAAAACAAGAGAUGUGCACAAACAGUUCAACAGAGUACCUCAUUCUCGAAGCGAUGCAUUCCAGAUGUGGGAACAAUCAGUAAUGGGGCUCGUAAUGUUCAGCAAUCGGUGGACGAAGCGAUAAAAAAUUUAAAACUUUUUAUUGGGACAAGCCAAAUGAUUGUGGAAGAUAUUUUGGAGUCGUGGCGUAUGAUAUUGGUCUUCGUCGCAUGUUCUGUACUAGCAAGUUUAAUUCUCAUAACGAUGCUUCGAUGGAUUGCGAAACCAAUGGUUUGGAUUUCAAUAAUCGGCGUCAUUGCAGCACUUAGCUACGGAGUGUACUACAGCUUACGAGAAUACCAGAACAUUCGUGCCAAUCCUGUGGCAGCACAUGUAAAUGUGUCUCCUAAUCUCAGUUCGUUAGUAAACUCUUGGUUUAAGUCGGAUCAAACCUGGCUUUGGAUACUUAUUGCCCUAUCGAUUGUUCUGAUUGUGCUACUCCUGGUAGUGUUGGUUCUGCGCAAAAGAAUUGUUAUAGCAAUAGCACUUGUGAAGGAGGGUAGCAAGGCUGUUAGCGCUAGUUACUCCACCGUAUUUUUCCCCCUUGUACCAUGGAUACUGCAGGCUGCCGUUAUUGUGUUUUCUUUGCUGGUUCUGUUGUUUUUAGCGUCCAUUGGCGAUCCCGUGUAUAAAAUCAAUGGACUAAACACAUCAAUUUCUUGCUUGUGCAGCAACGGAUACAAGGAAGGAGACAUUUGUGAUCCAGUCGUAUUCAACGAAAAUUGUAAAGAUUCUAGCAGAGCACAUGACCAAGGUCGAUGCAUUGAUGCUGCCUGUCACUUUCAGGAGGUGGAUAGUCCUACCAUAGUAGGAUACUUUCAUGCCUUGAAUGUGGUUGGAUUUUUCUGGUGUAUUUGCUUUGUAUCCGCGUUCAGUGAAAUGGUGUUAGCCUUUACGUUUGCCACAUGGUACUGGACACGUCAAAAGUCCCGCCUGCCAUUUUUCGUUCUAACGCGCGGUGUCACAAGAACGAUUUUCUACCAUCUAGGCACGCUAGCGUUCGGAUCUUUAAUUAUUGCUAUCUGCAAAAUUAUCCGAGCCUUCCUCGAAUAUGUAGACCACAAACUGAAAGGCUACGACAAUGGUGUGACGCGUGCCAUUUUGUGCUGUUGUCGUUGUUUCUUCUGGUGUUUGGAAAGCUUUUUGAAAUUUUUGAACACGAACGCAUACAUCAUGUGUGCAAUUUAUGGUAAAAACUUUUGCUCUAGUGCUAAAGAUGCUUUCAGCCUGCUCACGCGUAACGUACUGAGAGUAAUUGCGCUCGAUAAGGUGACAGGUUUUUUGUUUUUCUUGUCCAAGCUGCUGCUUGCUUCCGGAAUGGCAGCCACAACGUACGCUUAUUUCGAUAGUGAUCUGCCGAAAACACCACUAAACUACCCUUUCGUACCAGCUGUGUUUGUGUUCAUUGGAACAUACAUUAUUGCAUCCAUCUUCUUCAGUGUUUACUCUGUGGCUGUGGACACCUUAUUUUUAUGUUUUUUGGAAGAUAUCGAACGUAAUGACGGUAGUGCCGAGCGACCUUUCGUUAUGUCUAAAGGAUUGUUAAAAAUAUUGGGGAAAAAGCAAAAGUAAAUUAUAAUGAUCACCAAAGAUUGCACUACAUGCAAUUGCAACUCAAAUAAAUUCAGCAGCAAUACAUAUUGACAAUGCGUGGUCCACCAUUAAAUACCGCGCAAUUUGAGGCCAAAUGUUCAGCAAUCCUGUAUAUAUUUGGAGUGAAAGCUGUUUUAGUGUGUAUCUAAAAGCAUACACAGAUAAUUAAAUGUUAAGUCUAUAUUUUUAUACUAAUUUAUACGCAAUAUGAUAGGAAGGAUACAAGUAAAUGCAAGAUAAUGUUGAGCAGGCAAAGUAAGGCAUUUAAAACAAAGCAUGAAUUGUGAUCGAAAUAUGAAAGGAUAGGGUUUAAAAAACAUCCACCAUAAUAUUUUCAAUAAUGAAUAAUAUAUCCAUAUACUCGUCAUCAUACGGAUUGCAAUUUUUGAUAUCUUACCUUUGUAUAAUAAAGCACUCAUAUUGAAGUCUUGAUCAAAAUAAUCAAUUAGAACUGAAAUCUCUGUGUUCCGGUUUUGCACGUAGUGCGGGGAAUUUUUUGCAUGAAUGUUAUUAAACUGCCAAAUGUCAUGGAGUAUUGUGUAUAAAUAAAACACUUUUUCUAAGGCUGUAGAUCUCACGAGCUUGUU